AUGACUCUGCCAGAAGAUUCACUCUCAGCUCAGGAACAGGAGCUGAGAACAGGAAGUGCCCUCAAGCAGUCCUCAGAGAUAAACAAGAGUUGGCGGCAGCGCACGCUUUACACAGAUGAAGAUUUGGCACCAAACGCGCCCAAGGUCACCAGCCCAGACGUGGAGGAAGCGGACAGUUUGGAUCUGGAAUUUGUGCUCUCAAGCAUCGUGCUAGCUGGAGCCGCAGGUGGCUGUGGAGUUCCGGAGUUUGGAGUUCUGCAGAAGGGGCUAACGGAUACCUUUGCUGAUGUCCAGGUCUCUGUAGUUGAUUGCCCUAAUUUGACUGAGGAGCCAUUUACCUUUCCCGUAAAAGGUAUCAGUGGGAAAACUAGAAUUGCAGAAGUAGGAGGUGUGCCUUACUUAUUGCCUCUUAUAAAUAAAAAAAAAGUUUAUGAUCUAAAUAAAAUCGCAAAAGAAAUCCAGCUUCUUGGAGCUUUUGUUCUGGGAGCAGGAGCAGGCCCAUUUCAGACUCUUGGAUUCAAUUCUGAGUUUAUGCCAGUCAUUGAGGUGAAAGCCAAAAGAAGAAUUGGAAAACUUAACUUUGUGACUUGUAUGAGACAGACUCUUGAAAAACAUUAUGGAGAUAAGCCUGUAGGAAUGGGAGGUACUUUCGUGAUUCAGAAGGGAAAAGUGAAGACUCACAUUAUGCCGGCAGAAUUUUCUUCCUGCCCAUUGAACUCUGAUGCUCUGUCACAUUGA